AUGGCUUCUCUGAUCAAUCCUUAUGGAAAAGUCGCUGAAGUUGGUAAUGCUAUCGACCACGAAAAGGUGAUGGCUCGUCGGAAAACGAGGAGGAGAAUCACCAUCAUUGCCGUAUCAUCCAUCGUUCUUGUCGGCGUCAUCGUCGGCGCCGUCGUCGGCGUAACACAAAACAACAAAGACGACAACAAAUCAGGCGGAAAUGAUCGAUCCAUUUCCUCCGCAGUGAAGGCGGUUUGCGACGUCACACUGUACCCGGACUCCUGUUUCAGCAGCCUGUCUCCUCUGGCCAAUUCCAACAACCUGAAGCCUCAAGACCUAUUCAAAUUAUCAAUCCAGGUUGCCCUGAACGAGCUGUCCAAAGUUUCCGGGUCGUUUUCGAAAAACGGAGAUCUUCGUCAGAAACUCAAUGUCAGCGAUCCAGGAUUAACAGCUGCCCUGGAUAGUUGCCACGAGUUGCUUUCACUUGCAUUAGACCAUCUCAAUGCUUCGUUGUCAGUUCAAGGUUCUACAAUUUUUCAAUCCUUAGAAGAGUUAAGGACAUGGUUAAGUUCUGCAGGAACUUACCAACAAACAUGUAUUGACGGAAUUAACGAAAUGUCAGCCUCUUCAGGCCAGAUUGUGUCGACGAAUCUGGAGAACUCGACCGAGUUCACCAGCAAUUCUCUUGCUAUUGUUACUUCUAUAGAAUCCGCAGCAGCUUCAAUGGGCACAUUGGGAUCCAUUGGAAGACGGCGUUUGCUCGAUGAGGGAGCGCCGAGUUGGCUGUCUUCUGUGGAUAGGAAACUGCUGACGACUGCAAAUAACGCUUCACAACAGAUCAAGGCGGAUGCCGUGGUGGCUAAAGAUGGGUUGAAAUUGAACCUUAGUGCCAAGAUCAUUGCCAAGUUCACAGUGAAGUCCUUUAUCAAUGGAGACAAAUGGCUUCCUGGUUAUGGGGUUGAUUUUAAAUCGACUCUAUGA